UCGUCCUUGACGAAUUCACAAUUCACACAAGCCCUGUAAAAUCUCACAAGAGGACCAUCGCUGGUAUAUUUUGUUUGGAUUUUUUUGUAAACUACCCUGUCAACCUUUGCUCCGCUCGUCCGCUAACUGUAGGCAAAAUGGAAAGGACGUCGUCAUCACAAAUUUUAACUAAUUCCAGAACUUGAUACAUUCUGGAGAUGAUAAUGUUGCACAUUCAAGUUGGGAUCUGCUAUAGACUUGGUUCCAGUGAAAAUGAGAUUGCUGAGACGGUUUAUGUGUUUCCUUCUGUUGGGGACAGUGUUCAUCUUAUUCUUCAUAAAAGUUUUCUUGGAUGAUGAUGGGAGAGAUGGCACUUUUUACUUGCACAUGGCCUCAUCACCUGCAUUCCCCACUAGCAUGAUGUCCACUGAACAUUGGAUGAGUGGGAACAAGAGAUAUAAAUUUAUCUGGAACACUGUUUUGAAGGAGCCACCUGACUUGAACUUCAGUUCAGACCAGUCCAAAAAGUUAAGCUUGUCCAAUCCAAAUCAGAUGCCCAUCACAGCUUUUUUUAAAUACCCCUUAGAGGAUCAGGGACCCUACAAAGUAAAGCUCAGCCCCUCACAAUCUUUCCCCGCACACCUCAAACUGCGCCAAGCAAACCGUAGACGUAUUAUAAGAGAGAUUUGCUUGGCCAAUAGUAGCCUAAAUUUCCCUGGGAAAUUUAAGACUUUUGACCAGAUUCCAAAACAAGCCCUGGAUCAUCUCAUUGUGGAUGAUCGGCAUGGUGUGAUUUACUGUUUUGUGCCCAAGGUUGCAUGUACCAACUGGAAACGAAUCAUGAUUGUGCUCAGCCAAAACCUCAAAACAUCUGAUGGAGCUUCAUAUCGUGAUCCUCUUACCAUAACAGCAGAAUUCAGCCACAGUCCUACACAUCAUCUGACUUUUAACAAGUUUCAGAGACGCUUUGGUCGUGCCUCACGACAUUUAAUGCUGCAAAAGCUGAAGAACUACACAAAAUUCCUUUUUGUACGGGAUCCUAUUGUACGACUCAUGUCUGCCUUCCGGAACAAGUUUGCUCAGCCAAAUGAGGAUUUCUAUAAACAGUUUGGCACCAUAAUGCUUCAGCAGUAUGCUAAUCUUUCAACACCCCCAGGAUCUGCUCAAGAAGCCUUUGCCGCAGGUAUCCGACCCUCAUUUCUGAACUUUGUGAAGUACCUGUUAGAUGCUGACACUGAGAAGAAGGAACCAUUCAAUGAGCAUUGGCAGCAGGUUUACAGACUCUGCCAUCCUUGCCAAAUUGAAUAUGACUUUGUUGGGAAGCUGGAAACUCUUGAUGAGGAUGCAGAACAUUUGUUGAAGAUACUUGGGAUUGAUAAUCAGAUUAAAUUUCCCCCAGGGUUCCGCAAUAGGACAUCAGCAAACUGGGAACAAGAAUGGUUUGCGAACAUUUCUUUAGAUGAUAGGAGAAAACUUUACAAACUCUAUGAACCUGACUUCAAGUUAUUUGGAUAUGACAAACCUGAAACUCUUUUGUGUAAACCAGGGUUAAACACCAAUGAUAAAACUACAAAUUGCUCUAAUGUUUCUUAAAUAUUUACUGGAUCUCAUCUAUCACAAAGCAACAAUAAUCUCACCCGGGGUAACUAAAAAUGAACCCCUUGCAGUAGUUCUAAAACUCUAAAUGAAUUUAGACCUGUUGCUCUCACUUCAAUUUUAAUGAAAAAUUUUGAAAAAUUGAUAAGGUCACAUAUUUUAAGGAUAACUGAACAUGCAUUGGAUACCAUGCAAUUUGCCUACAGGCCACGCAGGGGUGUAGAAGAUGCCACUCUCACUCUGCUUCAUUUGCUCCUCAAACAUCUUGAGGGAAGUAGGUCCCAUGCACAAAUUCUUUUUAUUGAUUUUUCAUCUGCUUUUAAUACAAUUCAACCGUAUAUUUUAGCCAACCGUCUUAUUGAGCAAUUCGAUUUUUGUCCUAAUCUUGUUGGUUGGAUUUUGGAUUUUUUUAACAAACAGGACACAGAGAGUAAAGGUGAAUGGAGCUCUGUCUGGUCAGCUUUGCUCUUCAACAGGUUCACCACAGGGGUGUGUACUUUCACCCCUUCUGUUCAUUUUAUAUACAAACAUGUGUCAGAGCAAAUAUGUAAAUAGGACCAUUAUUAAAUAUGCGGACGACUCCGUCAUAGUAAGUCUGCUCCAUAAAAAUUAUAGAAGCCAUGGUCCAAUAAUUGAAGACUUUGUCCAAUGGUGUGAGGAGUCGCACCUUCAAUUGAACAUAUCCAAAACGAAGGAUAUGUACAUUAAUUUUGGAAAAACUCCAGGAUUUGAGGCAACUAGUGGAUCAAGUACAAUCCUAUAUAUACCUAGGGACAAUUAUUGACUCUAAAUUACAUUUUCAGGAGAAUUGUGGGGCUGUCUGUAAAAAAGGACAACAAUGUCUAUACUGUUUGAGAAAAUUUUAACAUUUUAAUAGACAAGACUUUGAUGACAUUAUUUUAUCAUGCUUUUAUUGAAACCAUCAUAUCUUUCUCCCUAGUGGCAUGGUUUGGUUGUGUCUCAGUCAAGCACAAGAAUCGCUUAAACCAAAUUGUAAAAUGGUCAAAUAAGCUGACUGGGGAGCCCCAGCUGCACCCCGCAUCCCUGUAUGCUAAACAGUUACAGCGGCUAGCUAUGGCUAUCAAAAAAGAUAGCCUACAUCCUCUGAAUAGGGAAUUCCAGUAUCUCCCCUCUGGACGGAGGUUAAAAGUUCCUGGUUACAGAAACACAAGGUUUAAAAACAGUUUUGUACCAGCAGCAAUCACUCUGUUAAACAAACGGUAAAAUUAUUUGCACAAAACGCAAUCUGGUCAUGUACUGUUUUCUGUUCCUCCUUUUUUUUUUACCUGUUUUUAUAUGUUUUAAUGUUUUGUAUGUUGCAUGCUAUGUUGUGGUCAACAAAGUUGUAAGGAUGUCCUGACUCUCAGACUGUAAAACUAGUUUACCUACGGGUACCAAUAAAGUAACCUAACCCCUUUUCAUAAAAUAAAUUGUCAUAUUUAAAAUUAAGCUGAACUCAAAACAUAACUAUAACCCCAAUUACUUUUAAAUGUUAGUUAAUAAAAAACCCAAACAGUCCCCGAAACCUAUACAUAUCUACCUCAUUA